AAACUUAUUUUAGCUAGUACGAAGUUUGCUCGCGACCGAAUCGCAUCUGCUCGCAAAGUAUUCCUUAUUUAAAAAAAUAUUGUAACCGAAAAAUAAAGUGUGUGCUACAUUGUGAAAUGAUAAAGUGACAUUUUACGUAGUUCGUGAGCGGCCAUAUUGUUUUUUAGUUUCACAUCUGUCGUAAUUACAGUGCGUGUGUUAGUGUAACAGUGAAGGCUUCAAGAUGAUGACGAUAAGCGAAAGCCAGUACUCCUCGAACAAGAUGUCCAGCAUCCACAAGAUCAACGACAGGGUGGUGCACCGGGACAGCUUCGACGAUGUACAGAGCUCCUCGAGCGUCAACAGCACCCUGGUCACAAAGCGAGGUUUCAAACCAUCGGACAUGUUCGACCCUCAGAAAAAAGAGUUCCUUACGAACCUCAGUUACAAAUUGUUCCCCGUAAGUUGGAAUGAUGGUGAAAUCAUCCGGGAAUCAUCUGAAUCUAGAGAGCAGCAGGAAUAUAUUGAAGAUGUGGAGAACAAGGCCAUCCUGGUGGGAGACAAGGAGGUGGACCUCAACAAGAUCUUCACGCCAGCACCUGAUGCUGAGGAGCAUAUCAUAAAGAAAGACCGCAAAUUCGAGAAAACAUUCGCAUCGUCAGCGUUCUACGUGCCAGGAGUCCAUCCGACAGUGAAGGAGCAGAUGGACCUGGCCCGAGCCAUCUCCAAGUCGCUGAGUGACUCCAGCAAUCACAUGAGCAGGGGGCAGAGCAUGUAUGUCAACAGGAAAAAGAGAUCCGUCAAAUGGGUGCACGAAGGAAGAGGUCGCAACACAUCUAACACCUGCUCGACCCCAACGCCAGUGGCUAGUCACGACACGCACUACCGUCCGCCAUCCAGCCAGAGAAACCAGAAGACAUACCCCAAGUCAGCGCUCAAACACUCCAGCCUGCCCAAAAUGGAGCCCUUCCCCAUCUCGCCACCCACAAUCACUGUGCAGAAUGUCGACGUGCCCGUGCCGCUGGCGCCGACGAAAUUAAACGAUGUUUAUGCCUCGCCGAAGAGUCCGCGCCUCCCUCUCGUCUCUGGGCCGAACUUCAAUGUAGCGCCGCGCGGUUGGGGCGAAAUGAAAGAUUAUUACCGACCCGUGUCGCUAGAUGGCGUUGGUAAAGUCACCGUAGGCUUCACGGAUUAUUGAACUACUGAAAAUCUAAAAAUUAGGCGUAUUGUCUAUGAUUAAUGAUCAUGGUUGGAAGCGACGAUGGCCGAAAAUGAAAUCAAGUCAGAUAUAUUAUGUUAUUUAAUGUUACCAUAAACUAUUUUUAAAUAUUUAAGCAUUUUAUUUUCUCAAUAUUUUAGUAACAAUGAAAAAAAACACGCAUUUGCCCCCGUACCGCAUGGCGUUUAAUUUCGCACACAACCAAAUAAUAAUACAUAAAAAUACGAACACGGGAAUGGCAAAGUGAAUGAUAAAUAAGAAACUAUUCAUAGUCUAGAAACUAGUCAUAUUAUUUAUUUUUCAUAAUUUAAAUGCUACUUGACUGUGGAAUUAAUACUCAUUGUGCCUUAAGGUAAGACUAACAAUAGAUAUAACAUACAUAAGUACAAUUAGAUAUAAUUAAGUAUAUCUUCGUGUAAUUAUGUGAAAUAAACAUAUAUGUCAGUGAAAAACAUAAUAUCAUAGAGUUAAGCUAAUAAAAAAACGCCAUAACUACAAUGUUGUUUACUUAUUUUUGAUGUUCAUUUUUAUCAUUAAAGCCAUUUCGAUCAAUAUGCGGAAAUCAGUUUCUAUAACGGAAAUAAAAUCUUGUUUCUCGGACUGACAAGAAGCCAAAUAUAUUUUGAUCAAUGCGCUAAAUAACAACAUAAUAUAAUAUGUUUAGCAAAUAAGAAAUAACUCGUACGAAGCUAUGAAAAGUUGUAUUUAUUGUUGUGAUCGUGAUAUUGCGGGCGGCCGUUCAAUAAACUGUUUCAAUUGCA